AUGAUAAUACCGUUUAACUCACAGCCCACACAACCUGGAAGUUCUUUCCCGUUGAACCAGGUUGAUCCUCACUCUUUAGUAACCACAGCCCCGUAUCCUCCAUCAAGUGCCACUUUGGUGCCGUCUGCCCCAAGCCAAAUUUUCACGAUUCCUCAACCAACCCUAAUAUCCGGGGCGGAUAAUACUUCAUUUGCUGUUCCACAGAAGCGGAGGAAGCAUUCUCGUGAAUCAGAUGCUCCUCGGAAAGGACGCAAGCCCGGGGGCUCAUCCAAACCUACCUUCGAUCCUAUAGCUGAAGCAGGCGAAGAAAUUGAUCCCAGCGUUGUGACAAUGGCGACAUUGUGCGACGAUACUGGCCAAGGCCGCAUCAGCACGAAGGCCGCGCAGGUUCUCAGCAGUUAUGGUACCUGGAAAAAAUCCAAUCGCGAUAAACGUGCUCGCAUGAGGGUUACCAUGGAAGCUAAGAAAUAUGGGAGACAAGAUGAUGAAAACGCCAACGGCAGCGCUUCGCAACCCUCUAAUCCUUCUUCGGUUGUUUUGAGCGCAAAUGGUGAUGGCGUAGACUCGACGCCUGAUCCCUCCACACAAUCUAGCUCGGCCGAUCCAUCAUCAAAUGAGGGCGAGGAGGCACCAAGAGAUAAGAAUGGAAAUAGUUUUGAUUACUCACAGAACCUGUCUACCAGCCAGUAUAACGUCCAGAUCCGCAUUGGACCCAAUGGAGAGACAAUUAUAGACGAGGAAUCUCUUUUUGUUGAUCGUAAUGCCGAAGAUGACAGCGCUGAUUAUACUCAUGUCGAGGAGUCUGACUUGUCGAAAUUCGUGAACUCGGGAACAUAUGGCAAGCGGUAUCGCGGUUCACGAUGGAGUGCCGAAGAGACUGAGCUGUUCUACGACGCGCUUUCUCAGUUUGGUGAAAAUUAUGAGUUGAUAUCUUACGUCCUUCCGGGUCGUGACCGAAAAGCUUGCAAAAACAAGUUCAGGGCUGAGGACAAGAGAAACCCUUUACGGAUCAACCAUUGUCUCAACAAUCGUGUGCCUUAUGAUAUGCAAACUUUGUCGCGGAUGACGGGAAAGGACUUUAGCGGACCCACGCCUGAAAUACGCGCACCUGUACUCCAGACCUUAUCUGAUCCCCCACCAGAAGAACGACUGGAGACUACACCAGCGGAGGCGUCCCGUUCGAGUCGAGUUCGAAAGAAAAGCAAAACCCCGAAUAAUGCCGCUGAAGUUGAGGUCCUUGGCGACGUUGCCAGCUUUGAUGACAAUGAAUCUUGA